AUGGACUCCGCAACACACCCAGCAACGCCCGCGUCCGUGGCUCCGAGGCAGACGGCCGACAGCGGCGUGGCCCCGCGACCUCCGCUGCAGGCAGCCCCCGCAGCCCAGUUGCCCUCGCUGGGCCAGUCGCCUGCCGCCGUGCCAACCCCGAGCUCCUCUGACUCCGGCCAGCCCUUGAAGCCCAAUGCAUGUAUCAGCUGCCAGCGCCGCAAGGUCAAAUGCGACCGCCUGGAGCCGUGCUCGUCAUGCAAGCGCUACCGCGCCCAGUGCGAGUUCCGCGACCCUGCCCCGCGCCGCAAGAGAAAGCUCAGCGAUGAGGAUCUCCACGCGAAACUCGAUCGCUACGAGUCCAUUCUGAACAGCUUCGGCGCCCGUGUUGACGCAAGAUCCGAGUCUGCCGCUGCCGAGAGGCCCGCCUCCACUGCGCUGCCAGCCGCGCCCUCAGCCUUCACCCCCUUGAACGCCCCUCCGCCUUCAUCCUACCACCAUACUCCCUCCGCACCAUCCAAUGAUGCUCUUCCAGCCCGCCCCGCCGCCGCCGCCGCUGCUGCUGCCCCCACCGAGGAAAACGGCCGCCUUAUCUUCGAGAAGGGCAGCUCCAGGUACUUAGAGAACAGCCUCUGGAAGGGCAUUUCUGAGGAAUUCAGGACUCCAGGAGACAUGUUGCGCCUUCCUGCUGCCGCUGGCACUCCGCCAGCCGGUGUGACCGCUGAAGCUCCCUCGCUGGUUGCCAGUGAGCUUGUUCUCGGACUCGUGCUGAACCCUCCUGGCAGCCUUCGCCUCCUCCACCCUCAACCCCCGCACAUCUUCCUUCUCUGGCAGGCUUUCCUCGAUAACGUCAAUCCACUAACAAAGCUUCUGCACGCUCCUACCGUCCAGCGUCAGAUUCUCAAGGCUACCACCAACCUAGACGCCGUCGACUCGGGAAUUGAGGCUCUGAUGUUUGCCAUCUACACCUUCGCCGUCGUCUCGUUGAGCCCCGAGGAAUGCCAAUCCACUUUCGGUGAAAGCAAAGCUCAACUGCUCCCAAAGUUUCAGCAUGGGACAAAGUUGGCCUUGCAUCGUGCUGAGUUCCUGCGCUCAUCGCAGCUCGUUGUCUUGCAGGCCUACAUUCUGUACCUGCUAGCCAUGCGCCCUUACUACGACAUCCAAACACUUUGGUCCCUUUCGGCGGUAGCCAUUCGCAUGGGUCAAAGGAUCGGCCUCCAUCAAGAUGGAAGCAAGAUGGGCCUUCCACUCUUCGACAUCGAGAUCCGUCGCCGCGUUUGGUGGCAGCUCAUGCCACUCGACCUGCGGACGGCAGAGCUUGCAGGCGGCACCGCUUCCCUGUCGUCCAAAACGUGGGACGUAGAGCUCCCCCUGAACUGCAACGACAGCGACCUGGACCCGGACAUGAAACAGCUCCCCGUCGAGCACACGGGGCCGACCGAGAUGUUCUUCUGCAACAUGCGCUACCACUUCGGCAAGUUCAUGAAGCGCUCCACCGGGGGGUCCUACUUCGACCUGCGCUCCCACGCCGAGGACGACGCCAAGCUCAGCCUGACGAGCAACGCCAUCACGCUCGCCGAAAAGGACCGCAAGAUCGAAGGGCUCGAAAGCCACCUCGAAGAGCACUUCCUCCGCCACUGCGACCCCUCGGUCCCCCUGCACUACCUCUCCGCCAUCGUCGCGCGCUGCGCCCUCUGCGUGAUGCGGCUCAUCGCGCACCACCCCCGCCGCUACUCGGACAAGGGCCUGUCCCUGCCGCAGUCGGAAAAGGACUUCCUCUUCCGCACGACGCUCAAGAUCGUCGAGCUCGACAACCUCGUCCACGCCGACCCGAGCCUGCACCGCUUCAUGUGGCACAUGGACGCCUUCUUCCAGUGGGAGGGCUUCAUCUACCUCGUCGGCGAGCUGCGCGCCCGCACCGACGCCGCCCACGACCCGGACGUCGACCGGGCCUGGUUCCACGUCAACAAGGUGCUCGAGAACCACGCAGACAUCCUCGACAUCCGCCGCAACCCCCUGCAUCUCGCCGUCGCGAGCUUGGCGACAAAGGCGUGGGAUGCGUUCGUCGCCGACGCGGCCGAGCGCGGCCAGAGGGCGGGCAGGGCGCCGCCGCCGCCGGAGCUGCGUGAUUAUCCGGCCUUGGAGGUGCUGGUGUCGAAGCUGAAGGAGGUGAGGUCGAGGUCGCCGCCUGAGUCGCUGCCGGGGCAGGGGCAGGGCCAGGGGCAGGGCCAGGGGCAGCAGAAGCAGUCGUUGUCGUCGCUCACGGGGUUCGGGGAGAGGAGGGAGGUAGACCGUGCUACGGGCAUCUCCAACAAUGGCGGGGCGGGAGCAGCGCAGGGUAACGGGAUGUCGUCGGAAGGAUGGGCCGGUGUGUCGCUGCCGAACGGCCUGGAUGCGAGCCCGAUGGAUUGGGACAUGUGGGAUGAGAUGCUUGCCGAGUUCGGCUUGGGCAUGGAGGCUUUCGGUGGAUAUACGGUGACGAAUAAAUGA